AUGGCGAUGUCGGCGCGAAAUAAGAGGGUUGGAAAGUCGGCGGGGAAAGAGAUUGCACAUCCAACAGAGGUGGUGGGGAAUCAGAGGUUACCAUCUCGUUUAUUUGCGACUGACAGAUAUCCGAGCAAACGCUUCAAUUUGAAUGCUUCCCUGGAGUACCUUCUACUGAUUAGGGAUGUGUUAGAAGGGGCCGAUGAAAUGGAGAGGCUGCUUGGGUCUUGCUUCGGAGUUCUAUUUAGGUUGCAAGUGAGGAGGUGUGCUUUCUCUGCGAAGUUAGUACACGGGUUGCUAACGAGGCAGCUUGUAACAAAGAAAAGGUUAGAGUUGUGGCCUGUCUUUGGAGGUGACCCUUUGAGAUUUUCAUUGGCCGAAUUUGGGCAUGUGACGGGUCUUCCUUGUGGAGAGUUUGAAGAGGGGUAUGUGGUUGAUGACAAGGCACGACCAACUAAAGGAGAUUAUGUUUUCUCGGACAGGCUUUUUGGUGGAGGGAGACGUGAUAUAACCAUCGCAGAAGUGGCUGCAAUGGUUGCAUGUGAUAAGGAGAUGCCACUUGUUAGGAAGCUGAAGUUGUGUUUGAUAAUCAUAGUUGAUGGAGUUUUGCUGGCUACAAAUCAGAUACCGAAGCCGUCUGUGAAGCAUGUGAAGCGGCUUGAGAAGCUCGAUAAAUUCCUUUCAUUUCAGUGGGGGCGGGAGUCUUUUUGGUGGACUAUUAGCAGCAUGAUACCUCCGGUUAAGAUGAUUGGUAAAUGCGACGACCCGAAUGGUGUAUUUUGUAGGAAGCUUCGCCUGGAGACCAAAGUCCUGGCCGGGUUCCCUUGGGCACUGCAGCUGUGGGCAUUUGAAGCGAUACUAGCCUUACUUGCUCGCCUAUGGCCGGGAAACGACGAGCAGACAUUGCUGACUUAUGACGGGGACAAGCUUCCUCAACACACGGGGCUGGGCUUGGUGGAUGUGCUAGACGCUGAGCAUGACCCAAAGCUAACGGUGCAGCCGAUGUAUAAACCUUGGAAGGAUAAAGAGGACGGUUGGGGGGAGUUUGACAGUUAG